AUGGACAACGGGCGCCCCCUUGACCCGUUCCAGACGCUACCCCUCAGAGGAAUGCGGUAUAUCACGUCACCAUCCGUGCCUUCCGUGGCGCUCGGCAACAAGCAUCUACCACAACUGCCGUACACCCCAAUUGUGUGCGCCGAGGGCGGAUCAAAUUUAUUGGCGGCGAUUCCUGCUACUUGUCCCUCCGCCUCUAUGCCACUUAACACUUCGAAUAAGGAUGCAACGCAAACAGUCAACGUAAAGGCGAAUGACAACAAAAAGAAUACGAGGAGAAAGUCGGUAGCGGGGCAAUACGUGACCUCAAAAGCAGCCACCAUUGCUCACAACGGAACUCUGUCAUCCACACUACAUACUAGCUCAAGGGGGGACACGCAUCGGAGUCCGUCGCUGUCCAUGCUGACCUCACAUAUGGACAACUCGGCGAAGACGGUGACAGCGAACGCCUUGAUGUUUUCCAAGAAAAUGGGUGAAACUUAUUCUGGGGGCAGGGAUACAGUAAACUCCACGAAGUACCGCACUGUUUCUAACGAGGCACUCCCUCCUCUGGUAACUGUACUAGAACGUUAUAUCCGUCGAGAGAUGGAUGCGACAUUAAGUAGGGGUACACCUGUUACUGCGCAAGAUCGCCUACGGCCCUUUCGUGAGGCUUUUUUUGCCUUUAUUGACGCCUUCCCAGGGUAUGGCAAUAUUCUAAAUGAUAUCAUAAGUGCCUACGAUGGCGUCAUUCAGGAACAGGCGAAGCUGCUAGUGGAAACAAUUUCAGGGCAGUCGCAACAUCAUCUUGCGGAGCAGCAUCACAUUGCGGAGGUCGCCGGGUUGAAAGCUACCAUCUCGAAUUUAAUGGCGGAGCUGGAUGAGUUUCGCAACCAGGUCAAGGAAACUGAAAUGCCGCCAUCUUCCAAGGAUGGUGAAAGAAUCAUCUCGGAGCCACGCUUGCAGCGGCUAGCAAAAUUGUCCUCUGAAAAGGACAAGGAGCUGCAUGACGCCAGAGAACAUAUUGCAGCACUAGGUGAGGUCAUAAAAAGUGAUCUGGAGAAACAACUCGUACUUAUUAAUGCCUUGCGGGAGAGUGAUCGACGUGCAAAAGCAAUGGAAGAACAACUCAGCGCUGCCGCUUCUCAAAUGGAUGAACUUGCAGACUUCAAAAUCAUGGCAGGGGAUGCUCAGAAGCAACUUGAGGAGUUUAAAUUAAAGUAUGAGAAUUUUAUUUCGGUACAGGAUCACGAAAUUAUACGAGACUACCUGAAGGGUGAAUUACAAGCGGCCCAGCACAUGGUUCGUCAGUAUCGUCGCUCUGCUGCUGUGCGAGGGACACAAGUCGAUGUCAUUGGUAGGAAACUCAAGACCAUUCAAGAAGAAAAUAAGAAACUUAUUGACACUGUUGAGGACGAGCGGAAGGAACUUCUCACUCCCCGUCCAGACUGGAAGAAAAUACAUGCGUCACUCCCUGAUCUCAAGGAAAUUGCGACUCCUUUUAAAGCUAUUACGCUUGAGGGUGAUGAAGCCAUAACAUCCACAGUGGAGGGGUUAAGUGAGACCCGGCUUCAGGUGGAAUACCUUGUGGAGAGUGUUAACUCACUUUCGCGGGAGCUGCAACAACGGAAAAUGGUACUGAAGCCCAUGUCAACACCAACUCUUUCUCUUAUAGGUCAAGGAAUGGACCCUCGUGUGCCUCUGCAUCUUCGUGCGUGUGGCAUUAUUCCCCGCGUGAGCUUAGAUCAGGUAGAAAUAUUACUCCUUGUACAUGAUUUUUUUUCUGACAUUUUGCAACCCCACCCUGACGUUCUUUUGCAUACCCUUGAUGUCCCAGCGCUCUAUAAAGAGUUUCUACAAGAACGGAUACAAACCAGGGAAGCACUUCAAGUUUUUGUGUGUGCGGAGCAUCUUGCGAUCAACCUUGCUGAUGUUGCAAAGUGUAAGGAGAACACUCGACCUUCACUUCGACUCUUAGACGGUAUCCUCUCCGGUAUAUUCCCUGCGCGUAUUGCCUGUGACGUCAUGACGAUUGUAGAGAAUGUUCGACUUGAAUUAACGGGUCUGUCAAAGGGGCAGGGAAAAACGCGUCUUCGUCGGGUAGCGAUUAGUGAUUGUAUUGCCCCAUUCUUGAACCUUAAGACGUUGGCAGAAGUGGUUGCCCUGAGGGAGGCGAUGGGUUCCGAUACAACCCACAAUGUAGGGACUUUGUGUGCAACGGAAGGAAAAUUUAUGUCUACGUUUUUUGACCAGGAGUGUGCAUCGGGUAUGGCGUUUUAUGUAAACUUGUUGGAAAAACUGACCUCGUACGCCUAUUGCGUUAAGCCGGAGAACAAUGAAUUGGUGAUUUCGCUUGAAAACGUGGGGCAGGCUAUUACCGAGGUGGAGCCGUUAACCCCAAAGGUCAUCAUCAAGGAGAUCACCGAGAAUUCUACGGAAAAAAGUGUGAGCGUCGAAAAGGUCACAGUGCGUCUGAGUGAUGUGAUACAUCUUUUGGCAGCAGCCCCGUUGAUACGUCGCUCAGCGCAGCCAAAGUCCGAGGAAGGAAAACUUUAG